CUGUCACCUGGUAUCUAUCAGCGAUCCCAGGCCCGGCCUGUCUCACUCACCCUGUGCAUUUGUGAAAGUAGCCACCGAAGUGAACUCGGCAGCCAGCAGCGAAUCAGCCCUUGAGCUCUAAGGCCUUGGAGAGUCAGGAGUUUUGAGGGUGAAAUGACGACACCCAGAAAUUCAAUGAGUGGGGCUUUCCCAGCAGAUCCUACGAAAGGCCCCAUGGCCACACAACCUGUUCAAAGAAUAAUUCCCAAGAGGAUGCCUUCCACAGUGGGUCCCAUGCAGAGGUUCUUCAUGACGGAAUCCAAGGCUCUGGGGGCUGCCCAGAUUAUGAAUGGGCUCUUCCACAUUGCCCUAGGCAGCCUCCUGAUGAUCCACAUGAACGUGUAUGCACCCAUCUGUGUAACCGUGUGGUACCCGCUCUGGGGAGGCAUUAUGUAUAUCAUUUCUGGAUCACUCCUGGCAGCAGUGGAGACAAACUCCAGGAAGAGUCUGGUCAAAGGGAAAAUGAUAAUGAACUCGCUGAGCCUUUUUGCUGCCAUUUCUGGAAUAAUUCUUUUGAUCAUGGACAUAUUUAACAUUACAAUUUCCCAUUUUUUUAAAAUGGAGAGUCUGAACUUUAUUAAAGCUUCCACACCAUAUGUGAACAUAUACAACUGUGAACCAGCUAACUCUCCCAGUAAAGAAUAUUGUUACAGCAUUCGAUCUGUGUUCUUGAGCAUUUUCGCAGUGAUGCUGGUCUUCACCUUCUUCCAGAAACUUGUGACAGCUGGCACUGUUGAGAAUGAAUGGAAAAAACUAUGCUCCAGACCCAAAGCUAAUGUAGUAGUUCUCCUGUCAGCUGAAGAAAAAAAAGAACAGGCCAUUGAAAUAAAAGAAGAAGGGGUGGAGCUGACAGAAAUAUCUUCCCAACCAAAGAACGAAGAAGACAUUGAAAUCAUUCCAGUCCAAGAAGAAGAAGAAGAAGAAGAAACAGAAAUACAUUUUCCAGAACCUCCCCAAGAUCAGGAAUCCUCGCCAGUAGAAAAUGAGAGCGCCCCUUAAACUAUAUUUUGUUUUCUGUUUCUGUUUUCUAAGCAUUAGUGUUCACAGCUUCCAAGAGGCAUGCUGACCCCCAUUUCUUGAGGCACUCUGCAUGUAUCCUCUACAUCUCUCUAUGGUCACC